AUGCGGACCUACCGCAUCGUGCGAUGCAAAAUAGGCCGACUGCUGGUCGACCCGCAGGAUGUGGCUCCGGUUGGCGUGAGCCUCGCACAUGCUCUGAUUUUCGUAGAGCCGGUAGGCAACACACGGAAUGGACGGAAUAUGGAAGAAGACGAAAAGCGGGUUAGGCGAAAAGAGUUGAAAUAAUCAAAUUUGGCGCCGCACGCCGGCAGAUGUGCUUCUGCAUUGGGAUGCGUCGCCGUGACCCCGCCGACAUAGGGCUUUUCCAGCAGCUAAUUGCAUUCAGUCCGUGUCGGAAGCCGAAAAAAACAGGACCGACGCUUUGUUUUCCCUUGUCGUUUUUCGAAUAAUUUCUGUUUGAUCAACAAAAUGUGCUCUCCAAAUCAGAAACCGAGUAGACGCUUCGGGGUUUCUUUUUUUUUUGUGGCUGAAUUCAGGAGAAGAUUCUCAAUUUCUGCCGGAAGAAAAAUUAUUACAAUCCUUAUCCCCUAGGAAUCCCAGAGUGGUCCCUAUAGGGAUUAGAAGGGAAAACAACCCCUGUAGGGGUGAAAAAAGUGGUCUCUAUAGGGACGAGAUCAAAGUGACCCCUAUAGGGGUUUUUCAAAACUCGGUUUUUUUUUCCCACGGAAUUGCUUCUUCGUUUAGAGUUCAUAACAACAUAAAAAUCAUCGACUAGCAUGAUCCCUAUAGGGACCACUUUUUCAAGAUUAAGUGGCCCCUAUAGGGGUUGGUAAAGUGAUCUCUGCGGUUGUCCCUAUAGGGACCACUCUAGAGUUCCUGAGCGGCUCUAAAAGUUCUUUGUUCACCGCCCAGUCUAUUAAAUUUAUCAAUGAGAGAAAAAAAAUGUAUGCGUUUCUACAGAAUUUCAGAAAAAUCUUAUUUCUUUUCUCAAACUAGUGAUUGGCAAGGUUCAGAGACAAGUAACUCGCUUCUCAAGCAAAAUGAAAGAAAUCUCAAUUUUUCAAUAACCACAAGGUUUCCAUAACCAGAUGGUUGUCCAAAAUCAAAACUAUAGUUGGCUGAUUACCUGCUCUUUGGAAAAAUUAACCUUGAACUUCCUUUUAUCUCAUGUAGUUAAUUUUUCAAAAAAACCGUCGAAAUAAUCCUUCCAGCAACCAAAAUCGAAGAAGCCUAAAACUCACAGCAGAGACGAAAAUUCGCAAGAAUUGAGUGUAUGAGUACCCCGGCCAGCGUUGUUCGACGAUGCCGAUGGAUUCUGGCGGUGGCGACGGCGACCUUGAAGACGACGACGACGCCAUUUUCCGGUCAACGCAUCGAGAAAGAGAAAAACCAGGCUUGCAAGAAGAGUUCUUCUUCGGAAGAUGGGAGGAGCCGCCGAUCGAUGACAACAAAAUUAUGAUCCCUUCUUCGUCGUGGGGCACGACUUCAAAAACAGCUAACAAGAGUCGAAGUAAUCUCUGA